ACUUCGUCUUCGUACUUUCUGGUGUUCCUUUUUCCUCAAUCCUUUUCCAUUAAUGGCGAUUUGACGAUAUAAAACGGAAAAGGAAAAAGGAAAAAGGUCAUCUAACUGAUUUAUAGGCCGUUUUCCGGCAAGAAAUCUGCCCUGACAUAGUGGAGCAUUACAAUGGCGGCAUUUGGAGUUCUUGAUUCGUUUCUCUUGUCUGCUAGUAGAGCUUGUUGUACUCCUCUUGCCGUGUUCGUCCAGAUCCAGGGGUGUUUAAUCUGCUUGACUCUUGCUAUUGGAUGGGCUUUUGCUUCCUAUGUCAGGAACAGAGAGAUCAGACGUAUUGAAGAUAGCAUAAAGCGUGGCAAUAACUUUGCAUUUCUCUGCCAAGAUAUCAAUGAACUCAAGCACUCUAAUCAGAUCAACUUGCCAAGAGUGUCAGUUGUGAUGCCUUUGAAGGGUUUUGGAGAACAUAAUCUACAGAACUGGAGAAGUCAGAUUACAUCCCUUUAUGGUGGUCCUCUGGAAUUCCUUUUUGUGGUUGAAAGUACAGAAGAUCCUGCUUAUCAUGCUGUAUCUCUGUUGAUCUCUGAGUUUAAGGACAGUGUUGAUGUAAAGAUUGUUGUGGCUGGUUUGUCAACAACAUGCAGCCAGAAAAUUCAUAAUCAGUUAGUUGGGGUGGAGAGGAUGCAUAAAGACAGCAAGUAUGUGUUAUUUCUUGACGAUGACGUUAGGUUGCAUCCUGGGUCCAUAGGAGCCCUUACUGCAGAGAUGGUGAAAAAUCCUGAGAUAUUUAUUCAAACUGGAUACCCGCUUGAUUUGCCUUCUGGAAGUUUAGGGAGCUACUGCAUAUAUGAAUAUCAUAUGCCUUGCUCAAUGGGGUUUGCCACUGGUGGAAGAACAUUCUUUUUGUGGGGAGGUUGCAUGAUGAUGCAUGCAGAUGAUUUUAGACUUGACCUACAUGGUGUGGUUAGUGGACUGCGAGAUGGUGGCUACUCUGAUGAUAUGACCCUUGCAGCAAUAGCUGGUGCACAUAAGCGGCUUAUUACAUCGCCACCAGUUGCUGUAUUUCCUCAUCCCCUUGCAAGUGAUCUUAGUUUCUCAAGGUACUGGAAUUACCUGAGGAAGCAAACGUUUGUUCUAGAAUCAUACACAACAAAAGUUAACUGGAUAAUGAACCGUGCACUAUUUUCUUCUCAUUGCUAUCUAUCCUGGGGAUUUGUCGCACCAUACUUCAUGGCAAUGUUUCAUGUUGCAGCAGCCCUAACAGCAUACUUAAAGGAGUACCCACUCAAUGAAACAUCCUUUACUUACGGUGGUUUGACACUUGCAGGAUGCUUGGCCGUGUGCACUAUUUUAGAAUUGCUUUCAAUGUGGAACUUGACUAAGGUGGAAAUUCAACUCUGUAACAUGUUGUCUCCCGAGGGGCCUCCAGUCUCACUUGAUUCCUAUAACUGGGCCCUUGUAUUUCUUGCCUUGUUGGUUGACAAUUUCUUAUAUCCUGUUUCUGCAAUGCGAUCACAUUAUUCUCAGUCCAUCAACUGGUCUGGUGUCCGGUACCACUUGAAGAAUGGGAAGAUAAGCAAGAUCGAUAGAAGUAAGGAUCCUGGUUCAAUUUAUUCAGAUCUUGGGGGAAAGCACCUGUACGGGAAGAAGGGAGCUCCUCCUAGAAGCUCAUUCCUUGGUUCUUUCGAUAGAAGUUUGGCACAGUGGCGUCAACCCAAGAAAUUCGAUGUCUAGCAAUGCCCAUGAAUUUGAAUCUGUGGUGGCUCAGGUCAUUUUUUUUUAGGAUUUCUUUUUCCGAUGUUGUUUUAUUCUUAUUCAAGCUGAUUCAAUUCUUCAUCUUCAACCCUUUUUGGCUGGGUUGAUUUGCCAUUGAUUGUAACGUUUUUAUACAUAUAAUCAAAAUCUUAAUUUUGAGACGAUAAAGUUGUUUUCAGAAG